UUUAUGACAGUUGCGCUACUCUUAUCAACUCUCCUUGUUUUCUCGGCAAUUUGCACCGACGAUGAUUGGAAAGCAGGAGCCGUUAUCGAUCAUGUGGACGGUGACGUGGUAGUUUGCUACUUGAGUAAAAUAAUCUCCCAAAAGAACAUCCAGAAUCUCCUCUCUUUUCAAGCAGUGGUUACGAAUCAAACAUAUUGGCCCAAAGAUUUCACGGUGGGUUACGUGGUUGUUAAAUGGUUCAAUAUACCCGAUGAAAGUCAUGUAAACAGACUUUUGAAGGUUCUCAAUGAAUACCCAAAGAUAAUCGCGUUCGUGGGGUUUGUGGGGAAUUUCAUUGACGUCAUACAAUCUGCUUCCUUUGUAUCUUCCAUCAGGAUACCCACAUUCACAUGCUCGAUCAGCAUUAAGAUAGAUCAACUAUUGGAGGUGGACAACCAGGAGUUUAUGACUAGGAUCACUGCUUCUAGAACUCAGCAAAUUAGUGGCACCAUACCCAGCAUAUUGGAUGGUCUCGGUACAAAUAUAGUGAGUGUCUUCUAUACCCAAGAUAAGUCACUCGAGUUCAGUAAGCUGACUCAGCAACUUGAUCUGAGAAAAGACCAUGUAGAUAUGGAAUAUCAUCAACAGUUGACAGGAGAUGGAGCUGCUGAUGGCAAAGCUGUUGUAAAUCAUCUCUCUGGAGACAGCGACGAAGACCACUCACAUGUCGAAGAACAGAGAACACACACCGUAAUAUUGUUGUUGGCGAGCAAAGACCUUGCAAAACUUAUCAUCUAUCUUGCCUCUCAAAAGGGGCUCUCGGAUGUUGUUUUUAUUACCGAUUCCGGUGGUUGUCUUUCUUCUCCUGAGUUCCAAACAGCGAUGGAGAACCUAACCACUAAGAAAGUCUACUUUUUCAGGCUCUGUCAGACAGCAGUCUAUAAAGCACCAGAACUCAUUAACUACAUUGAUAGGUAUAAUCUUUACACCCGCACUAAUGGAGAGUUAAAACCCGCCAGCAAGGUGAUUGAUAACUGGUACAAAAAUGAUAGAAAGUUGACACCUUGUGUCGUAAGAGAAGAUAAGAACUGCAUAUCUGUAGGACAAGUUUGUACAGAAAACACAAAUUUAUCAAGGUACAACCACAGAAUUUACUACACCACACGAAAAUUAUUGAAAUCAUUGGAAAAGAUCACCAAGGUGCAAGUUGAAGACAUCUCUAAAAGAACCUUCCAAGAUCUCUUAAUCAAUACUUCCUCGGUUGGUGAUAUCAUCUACGAAGGAUUUCACGAAAAUAACGUUGAUUUACCGGAGAAUACAACGUUUUUAAGAUAUUCAAAUGGGUCAAUGGUAGACGACUAUGAAGUCCUCUUUGAUGCGAAUGGUCAUUACGGCAAAAAAAGCGCCAUCUGGACUUCCGGGGAAGAUAAUCCUACUUUUAAAGAAUUCAUGAGCGAAACUAAAUCAGAUAUCAUAUCAGCAACACCCGAUACAUAUUUUGAGUGCUCGCGUGAUUGUUUUAAAGGGAGCAAACGAGUCCCGGCCAGCAAUUUUCUUAACUGUUGGACCUGUGUUCCCUGUAUUGGAAACACUUACACUGAGAAUGGAAGCUGGCCUUCGUGUAAAAAAUGUGAAUCUAAAACGAAAUUCUUGUGGGUGAACGAAGAGAAGACGGCUUGUGAUCAGAAAGCCGGGAGCGUCAACUUCAAUACAACUUCUGGCAUAAUUAUUUGGAUUAUUGCAUCGUUGAACAUUGCAGUAUUGAUUUUCACCAUUGUUAUCUACAUCAAAUAUUGGACAUCCAGAGUGAUAGUUUCUUCUGGAAAGGGAGCUGUGCUGCGUUAUGUUUAGUGGAAUCCUUAUUGGGCACAUUGAAUCCCUGCUUAUUGCUGUGGAACCAACUGGAACCAUUUGCAUCCUCAUCCAGGUCCUUGCUCAUUUCUUUAUGAUGCUGACCGUUUGUCCUUUAUUGGUCAAAACAUUCAGAAUAUGGAUGGUAUUCAAGUUCUCUAUCAAAAUGGGCAGAAAGAUAAGAAACUACGUCAAUGAUUGGGUCACAAUGGCAGAGUGUCUCAUCCUAAUGAUCCCACAGUUGGUAUUCUUACUUUUUGGUCUCCUCCUGGAUGACUCCUUCAACUUUAAGUUUACCAUUAAUUACGUGGAGGAGUCACUGGAACACCCGAUUAAUGUCACCAAAUCAUGCGGUCCUCUCAGUUUCACAAUGAUGCUGAUAAGCAUUGUUUAUGCUGGUGUCAUGUUGUUGGUUUCCUCUAUCUUGGGAUGGGACUGUAGAAAGCUCCCCGAUAAUUUCAAGGAGUCGAUGUAUAUAUUUUUAUCAUCUCUGAUAUCUCUCCUGCUGAUUGCUGUCUACGUUCCGGCAAUGCUGACCAUGGCUGGAUUCACUCAGGUUUCUUUACUAGCUGGAGUAAUUUCAAUAAUCUCGGUGACGCUGAACCUUGUGAUCUUCAUGCCGAAAAUAUUUGUAGUGUUGUUUGUUCCACCUCUCAAGCAGAAAGAAAUGUUCAAGAUAACCCAGAAGUCAUCAGGUUCUACGCACAGUCAAGGGGCUGGAGAGUCCAGAAUUCAAAACAAAGGCGAAGUUGGUGUUUAACUUGAGAGAGUCUAUAACGUGACGUGUUACGUGCCGUCUAGCUAGCGUCUUAUACUUCAUAGUUACAUUUGAACUUAUGUUUUUUAUUUAACUUUAUUUCAUUUAGCUGAACUAUCGCGAAACUGCAAUUUGUGUAUUUUAAUUUAUAUACGUUACAAGCUACCAGUUCCGUCGAAACUGACUGAUAUGUAGUUCUUAUCUUUCUAUCACAAACUAUACUGAUUACUGAAUAGCACACGAUCAGGCACAUUUGUUACAUAACCUGGCUGGUUGCCAAAACCAGUGGUGCAUAGUGCCUACUACAUUACUAAACGAGAAGACUUGAAGUUAUUCGUAACGUAGCUCUCGGCUCUAGGUGUCAUAAAAGUUGGAAACUAUGUCAUUUGUUGAAAUGAUUUAAAAAUAUAUAAUAUGUAUAUUGGCUCUGGAAAAAUCGAUUAUAAGUUUGAGCUUUGUACUUUGUAUUAAAAACAUUUAAUUAUAAUGCCGACAGUAAAAUGUUAC